AGGGCAGGGCCGGGCAUGCCGGCGGCAGCGGGCGAUGGGCUCCUGGGCGAGCCAGCGGCCGUGGCGGCGGGCGCGGAGGCGCGGCGGGCGGCGGCGGACGGCGGCUCCUUCCUGGCCGCCUGGCUCGGCGCCGCCGCGCCCCGGGAGCGGCUCCGCGACUUCCAGCACACCAAGAGGGUCGGCAACUACCUGAUCGGCAGGAAGCUGGGAGAGGGAUCCUUCGCCAAGGUCCGCGAGGGGCUGCAUGUGCUCACCGGAGAGAAGGUGGCAGUGAAAGUGAUUGACAAGAAGAGGGCCAAGAAGGACACCUACGUCACCAAGAACCUGCGGCGCGAGGGGCAGAUCCAGCAGAUGAUCCGGCACCCCAACAUCGCCCAGCUGCUGGAUAUCCUGGAGACUGAGAACAGCUACUACCUGGUCAUGGAGCUCUGCCCUGGGGGCAACCUGAUGCACAAGAUCUACGAGAAGAAGAGGCUGGAGGAGCACGAAGCCCGCAAGUACAUCCGGCAGCUCAUCCUGGCCGUGGAGCACCUGCACCGGGCUGGGGUGGUGCACAGAGACUUGAAGAUAGAAAAUCUGUUGCUGGAUGAAGACAACAAUAUCAAGCUUAUUGACUUUGGAUUGAGCAACUGCGCCGGGAUUUUGGGUUAUUCUGAUCCCUUCAGCACCCAGUGUGGGAGCCCAGCAUAUGCAGCCCCUGAACUGCUGGCAAGGAAGAAGUACGGGCCCAAAAUAGACGUCUGGUCCAUUGGGGUGAACAUGUAUGCCAUGCUGACUGGGACACUGCCCUUUACCGUGGAGCCCUUCAGCCUCAGAGCCUUGUACCAAAAGAUGGUGGACAAGGAGAUGAACCCCUUUCCCACCCAGCUCUCCUCAGCUGCCAUAAACUUCCUGCGCUCUCUGCUGGAGCCAGACCCUGCCAAGAGACCAAACAUCCAGCAGGCCCUGGCAAACAGAUGGCUCAAUGAGAACUACCCUGGAAGGGCACCACCCAACGUCACCUAUCCAAACAGGAUUCACCUGGAGGACCUCAGCCAGAGCGUGCUGCUGCACAUGACUGAGAAGCUGGGCUACAAGAACAGCGAUGUGAUCAACACCGUGCUCUCCAACAGGGCCAGCCACACCCUGGCCAUCUAUUUCCUGCUCAACAAGAAGCUGGAGCGCUACCUGGCCAGCCUCAGGAAGGCUGAAGGCCAGGACAGUGUUUGCCACAAGAACCAGCUAUACCAGAUAGAAAAAUACAAGGCCAAUAAAGACUCCUAUGAGGACAAAAAACUCAAAGAGCAAGAAAAGAAAGGGGAGAUCCUUCACCGUCAGCUCCCAAAGAAAACUGAGAAAAGUCCAGUUUCAUAUAGACAGCCUUCUUCCUGUCUUAUCUCACAGAUCCAGAACACCAAGGCUCUGCUGAAGGACCGGAAAGUCGCCAAGGCUGGGGGUCCGGACAAAGACUCCAGCGGCGGCGUGAGCCCUUUCCACGAGCCCCUGUCACCCAGGACAGGCUGUGUGACCUCCAGCUCCCUGGAAUACCUGGAGGUGCAGCAGCCUCCCCCCAGGACCCCCCGGCUCCUCAAGAGGCAGGAGUCUCCGCAGCCGGAGCCGUCCCGCAUCGGCGGCCGGCCCAGGGACUCCCCUCUCAUCCUCAACAUCGUGCACUCCUUCGAGUCUGUUGACAGGGAGGACCAAAUAGACCAGGUUUCCCCCUCUCACCAGUACAGAAUUUUAGGCUCUCCAAUGAAUUUCCCUUACAAAAGCUCCAGUGAAAGGACACUGUCGCCGCUCUUUCCCCCGGGGAGCGCGUCCCCCGUCCACCCCACCCAGGUCUCUUUCACCUAUGAAGAGAAAGCGUACCAGGCAAAGGAGGAGGCAGUGUCCCCCACCCAGCUGGUCCCCAGCAACCCCCUGGGCAGCCCAAACUGUGUGAAAAGCAGGGGCAGGUUCCCCAUGAUGGGGAUCGGACAGAUGCUGAGGAAGAGGAACCAGAGCAUGCAGUCGGCGAGCGAAAAGCCCCUGGAAGCCAGGAUGCCUCAGCUGCAGCAGAUGAGCCCCACACAGAUUUCCUUCAACACAGAGGCUGUCAGCGGCCAGUGUUAGCCUGCCAUCCUGGGAUUUGCACUGCUCUUCUCUGGGAUCUAACCUUUUUCUCCUUUAAGCAAGAAGGGAAAGCCACAGGCACGUUGCUGUCACCCCACGGCGGUGCAGCGCAGGAAGUCGGAGGUUUGCUUGCAAGGAAGGCACUGUCCUACAUAUUACAGUUGAGAGGAGAGGGCUCUGCUUGUGCCCUUAGGAAAUAUUCACAUUUGGCAUCUGACUGUACAGUAAAACACCCUGCAAGAGCUGCGUGGAUCUGCGUUUUCACUGCUCUCACCUGGGUGGAAGAACCACGAGCGCCGAGGGUUUGGCUCCUCCAGGGCAUCGGUGCCUGGCCAGGAUUUGUGCUGAGACUGUCCCUGUUCCACCUGCCUGUGCCACACAGCCCGUGGUGCUGCUGCAGGCAUUGCUCCUGGGCCAGGAGAGGGGGGAAAUGCCACUACUCUGUCCAAAGUGAGCUUGCUGACAAGCCCUGCCGGGAAGAUGAAGGUGGUAGAAGCUUGAGUAAAGACACGAGUGGUCUAGCUCAGAAAAAGUGGGAAUAUUGGAAUUCAAAGCAGAUUUUACUGUUAAUUACAUAAAGUAGGUAAUGACACAAUCUUCCUUUUUUUCAUGAAGAAAACUGUGAUUUAAUCAUGUCACAAGAAACAUGAUUAUUUAAAAACAGGUGACAUCAUGUGGAAAUUCGCUGCAUUAGCCCCUGUUACACCAAGGCAGCAUUGGACAUACCUGAAGGCUUCUCUGAGGCUGCAGUGAAUUAAAAAGACUAUAAAGGACACAUGAGCCUGUACCAAGCCCAUUUUAUACUCCAAGAUUGGUAAUGGAGUGGUUACCAAGAACUGGGUAUUGUUAUGAGCAGUGGAGAUUGACUUUCUUAAAAGACACCACGUUCUGUAUAGCAGUCUUGUUUUUCUAAGUAAAUGAUCCAUCUGAGAGGUUGGCAACA